AUGGUAGUCAACUAUAGUAAAUGGGAUGCCCUCGAGCUCUCCGACGACUCAGACAUCGAAGUCCACCCCAACGUCGACAAACGAUCCUUUAUCCGGGCAAAGCAAAACCAAAUACAUCAGGCACGCUACCAACGACGGCACGAGAUCAGUACCCUCAAAUACGAGCGAUUAGUCAAUGAUGGCAUGCUCGAACGCAUUGACACUCUACUGGCAUCUCUCCGCAACCAUGCUGCCCAAGCGCAGGGAGAGAACCCGGAUGAGUUCAUGAUGCAAGCGUUGAUGGAGUGUGCCAGGGACCCUGGGAAUGACAAGCCGCCAGAUCCACCGGAGGGUGUGCACUAUAAGGAGGAGCAACCUCUGUACUCGCAGAUGAUUGCUGGCUUGGUGGAUCAGGUGAAGAAAGAGGUCGGACCAGAGCCAGAAGACUGGUAUAAGAGCUAUGUGAAGGGCGUGGAGGGACAUAAGCUGAAAGUGCAGAAUCUACAGAAAGAUCUGUUUGAUCGGCUGGCGCAGCUGGAGAAGGAGGAGGCGAGCAAGAUUACGAGUGACAGUAUACACGAGGGUUUCAACACAUCUUCUGUAUCGAAAGAGCAAGAAAAACCGAAGCCAAAACCCAAGGCAGAGGCUGUGGAGGUGCUUAAUCCAGGAUCACUCAAGAAGAAUCCGUUACGGCGGCUGGACAGUGAAGGCCAAACCUCAGGUGCCGAUGCAGAUGUGGACGAGCCUGGAUCUAUAGACGAAACGAAAGAUGAUGACCAGGACAUCGAGCCUACGAAGCUUGGGAAGGAGUUCGCCAAAAUCAAGAUAGGCGGCUACAGGGAAUGUCUAAAGUUCAUAUCCGAGCACCAUGAAGUGGUUGCGGAACGGGAGACAGAUGGGCUACUCAUGGAGGCCUUCAAUGCCCAAAUGGAUGGCAAGGCGGCCUACUCUAAACAGUGUGUUCACCAAGCACUGUUGCUGCAAUACUGCAGAUCACUAGGUAAAGACGGAGUGGGACUCUUCUUCAAACGGAUCACGACACCUGGCCACAACGCCCAAAAAGUCUUCCUCGACGACGUCAACAAUACCUACGCUCGUAUCCGUACCCGUACUGCGGAAUUGGCUAAAGAACGCGCCGCCAACCCCAAAGGCACCGAGACCGAAGUCGAGCAAAUCCAACUGCACGCCGUAGAGCCUGGAACCGAAAUCCACAUCAACGUCCCCAAGCCCAACAGCACAGAAGACGUAGAGCAACAGGCUCGUAUCAUCUUUGAACGCUUCCCGCCAGGCCUGCAGAGGGCGUUGGAGAGUGGCAGUCUGGAUCGGGUGAAUGAGGUGCUGGGGAAGAUGAGUGUGAGCGAGGCCGAGGAAGUAGUGGAGCAACUGGGUGAGGGAGGUAUGCUAAGUUUGGAGGGGGGUGUUAUCGAUUCGACAACGGAGGAGGGGAGGGAUAGGUUGAAGGAGCUAGAGAGGGAGGCGAGGGAGGGGAAGGAAAUUGGGGAGCCUGGGGGUGUAGAGGAGGAGGCUGAGGCUGGCGCUGGCUUGAAGAAGUCGGAGGUGGGGGAGAGGGGAAGUGCGGAUGAGGUGCCAAUAGCUGAUGUCGAUUAG